CUCGUAUGACGACACAUCAACACAAUAACAUUUGACGUUGGUGUUGUGGACUUUGCUUCAGAAUAACACUAUUGGAAAUGAGAGAAUAAAACGACCAAAAGAUGAAUACGGCUCUGAGACACUGGAAGGAGGCCGCGACGGUCAUACUAGCUGCUGGUACGAGACAUAAACUCCCUGUAGAUAGUUUGACAAGGUGUGUCGAUAAAGGAACCGGUGCACCUGCUAUCAGUGAGCCCUCCAACUUGCCUGACAGGUCAGCCUUCGACUAUGAAGUGUUGUUGUUGAAACGAAGCGGUACGAGUGGUUUCAUGCCGAAUGCUUAUGUCUUUCCCGGCGGUCUGGUGGAUCCGUCAGAUUUCUCAAGCGAAUGGCUUGAUCUUUUUCAAUCUUUUCGGCGCUCACCGAAUUUUGGACUGGGAUUUGUGAAACAGCCGCCGCAGACGAGACCUCCCAUCUUCGCCACUGACAGGAAGAAACUGGGUUCUCCCGUUCCAGGUGACGUCGCAUUGAGAAUCUGUGCAGUGAGGGAAACGUUCGAGGAGUCCGGUGUACUUCUAGUCGUGUCAAAAGAGGAAGAGGGUACUUUAUUUAACAGCAUCGAGAACAACCGAUACAGUCAACCCGAAUUAACCCGAAUAACUGAUCUCCGUGACAAGAGUGAAUUGGCUAAAUGGAGAGUGCAGGUAAACGAGAACCCUUCUAACUUCAUCAGAAUGUGUAGGGAGCUGGAGUGUCUACCGAACAUCUGGGCUCUGCAUGAAUGGGGCAACUGGCUGACCCCGACUGGUGUGUACGCGAAACAGAGGAGGUAUGACACGGCCUUCUACAUGUGCUGCUUGCAAGAAACACCACCUCACACCCUACAAGACGAGAAGGAAAUUGUGCACUUUAAGUGGUCCACUCCCCCAGAGAUCCUCCACAGUUACCAGGCCAGAGAGAUGUGGAUAGCCCCUCCACAGUUCUAUGAUCUCAGCCGAAUGUGCAGGUUCCCCUCCCUGCAGAACCUCCACAACUUCUCCAGACAGAGAGCUUCAGAGGGCUGUGAACAGUGGCUCCCUGUGCGCAUGGUGUCAGACAGCUACUACAUAUCACUCCUCCCAGGUGACGAGAUGUACCCAGAGGAGGGGUCAUGUCAGAUGGAUGUGACCCUGAACACAGACCAGAGCCUUGAUGAGCUUCAUCAGGGCUGUUCAGCACUGCACCGUAUCGUAGCCUUGGACCCCUACACCGCUGCUGCUGUCAUCACCAUCACACCCAAAUACAACCACCUGCUGCCCUUCACACGGUCCAGCCUGAGAACCGGCACCAGCAGUCAGCUCUGAGAGAUGGGUUGACACUCAAAUGGCACCAUAUUCCCAAUUACUGUUGAACAGAGAUAGACAAACUACUGGUCAACAGUCGUGCACUAUAUAGUGAAUAGAGUCCCAUAAGGCUCUGGUCUAAAGUAGUGCACUAUAUAGGGAAUAGGGUCCCAUAGGGCUCUGGUCUAAAGUAGUGCACUAUAUAGUGAAUAGAGUCCCAUAGGGCUCUGGUCUAAAGUAGUGCACUAUAUAGGGAAUAGAGUCCCAUAGGGCUCUGGUCUAAAGUAGUGCACUAUAUAGUGAAUAGAGUCCCAUAGGGCUCUGGUCUAAAGUAGUGCACUAUAUAGGGAAUAGAGUCCCAUAGGGCUUUGGUCUAAAGUAGUGCACUAUAUAGGGAAUAGGGUGCCAUAGGGCUCUGGUCUAAAGUAGUGCACUAUAUAGGGAAUAGAGUCCCAUAGGGCUCUGGUCUAAAGUAGUGCACUAUAUAGGGAAUAGAGUCCCAUAGGGCUUUGGUCUAAAGUAGUGCACUAUAUAGGGAAUAGGGUGCCAUAGGGCUCUGGUCUAAAAUAGUGCAGUGUAUAGUGAAUAGGGUGCCAUAGGGCGGCUCUGGUCUAAAGUAGUGCAUUAUAUAGGGAAUAGGGUGCCAUAGGGCUCUGGUCUAAAGUAGUGCACUAUAUAGGGAAUAGGGUGCCAUAGGGCUCUGGUCUAAAGUAGUGCAGUGUAUAGGGAAUAGGGUGCCAUAGGGCUCUGGUCUAAAGUAGUGCAGUAUAUAGGGAAUAGGGUGCCAUAGGGCUCUGGUCUAAAGUAGUGCACUAUAUAGGGAAUAGGGUGCCAUAGGGCUCUGGUCUAAAGUAGUGCACUAUAUAGGGAAUAGGGUGCCAUAGGGCUCUGGUCUAAAGUAGUGCAGUGUAUAGGGAAUAGGGUGCCAUAGGGCUCUGGUCUAAAGUAGUGCAGUAUAUAGGGAAUAGGGUGCCAUAGGGCUCUGGUCUAAGAUAGUGCACUAUAUAGGGAAUAGGGUGCCAUUGGUGAUGUGACCCAUGUUUUGUGCUGUACAGGCUGCUAAGGUCUUGCUGCUGGUUUCCCUACUGCUGUGCUCUGCUACCUGACAAAGGGUUCCCGAGUGACGCAGCGGUCUAAGGCACUGCAUCUCAGUGCUAGAGGCGUCACUACAGACCCUGGUUCGAUUCCAGGCUGUAUCACAGCGGUCUAAGGCACUGCAUCUCAGUGCUGGAGGCGUCACUACAGACCCUUGUUCGAUUCCAGGCUGUAUCACAGCGGUCUAAGGCACUGCAUCUCAAUGCUAGAGGCGUCACUACAGACCCUGGUUCGAUUCCAGGCUGUAUCACAGCGGUCUAAGGCACUGCAUCUCAGUGCUGGAGGUGUCACUACAGACCCUGGUUCGAUUCCAGGCUGUAUCACAGCGGUCUAAGGCACUGCAUUUCAAUGCUAGAGGCUUCACUACAGACCCUGGCCGUGGUAGGCCGUCAUUGUAAAUAAGAAUUUGUUCUUAACUGACUUACCAAGUUCACCAAAGGUUAACUAAAAAAUGUAUUAAAU